AAUAACGGCAUAUCCAUCCACGCGCGCGCCGGCAACCUGUAGAAAGCCAUGGACCCGUACAAGUACCUCAACAUCCGCCUCAACCCCGACGGCUCCCUCACCCGCAACGGCGAGGCCAAGCUCCUCCCGCCGUGCCCGUCGGGGGAGCCCAUCGCCGUCACCGCCGCUGCCGGCGCGGACGGCCCAGCACAUCGCAUUGUCCACUCCAACGACGCUCCUCUCAACGACGCCAACGGCACGAGCAUCCGCCUCUUCAUCCCCGGCAACGACGUCGGCGCUCGCGACGGCAGCAGGCUGCCGCUGAUCCUCUACUUCCACGGCGGCGGGUACGUGCUCUUCCGCGCCGCCUCCGAGCCGUUCCACAACACGGCGGCGACGAUCGCGGCCACCGUGCCCGCGGCGGUCGCAUCCGUCGACUACCGCCUCGCGCCCGAGCACCGCCUCCCCGCGGCCUUCGACGACGCCGCCGACGCGGUGCGCUGGGUGCGGUCCUACGCCGCCGGGUCGCCCGGCAGGCCCAUCUUCAUAAUGGGCUCCCACAGCGGCGCCAGCAUCGCGUUCCGCGCGGCGCUUGCCGCCGUGGACCAGGGCGUGGAACUGCGCGGGCUGAUACUGAACCAGGCGCACCACAGCGGCGUGGAGCGGACGGCGGCAGAACAAGCGUCGGUGGACGACCGCGUGCUGCCGCUGCCGGCCAACGACCUGCUCUGGGAGCUCGCGCUGCCGCUGGGCGCCGACCGGGACCACGAGUACUGCAACCCCGACGCCAUGCUGGCCGGCAUCAGCGCGGCGCGGCUGCGGAGGCUGCCGCCGUGCCUCGUGCUCGGCCGGAAGAAGGACCCGCCCAGGGACCGGCAGAGGUUCCUGGUGGCGGCGCUGCGGGAGGCCGGGGUGCACGUGGAGGCGCGGAUGGACGGCGCCGGGUUCCACGCCAUGGAGCUGUUCAAGGCCAACUGCGCCGCGGAGUUCAACGCGCAGGUGGCGGACUUCGUCCGCCGCCACGCUCACGCGGGCGACGGCGUUGACGAGCACGUUGCGAGGAGCAGGCUGUGAUCGACCGAACGAUUCAAGCGGAGGGUUGUUAAACAAUGGCGCGCGUUGUCUUAGCUCCAAUUUUUAAAGCACAUACUAUAUGAUAUAUCAAUCAUAUCUUCAUGACCAUGCUACGAUUGAACGACUGAGAAUCAAGAGUCUACGCAGGCAAGUACAAUCAGUGCAGUGCCGAGCUAGCGUACUUGUUUAUCUUCCUUUUUAGAAUAGCUUUUCUCACGUUGGCUUUUUUCCUUUUUGUUCUUUGUCAAAUUUUUAUCUACCAGCGGCAACUCGAGUUUGUCAUGUGCUUCUUACUUGAGGUCGGAAAGUUCGCGUAG